AUCUGGAUCCAGACCCUGCUCCAUCCAGCUGCUGAUCCGGUUUGAUCCGGUCAGAUCUGGUGUGAUGGCAGGUCGGGGUCGAGGUCGGAGAGCGAUGACGUUCAGUGUCGACGCCGUUGGCAUCAGCAGAGGAGAGAGUUUACCUCCGUCCAUGCAGCAGCCCACACCUGUGUUUCCUGUGAUGGAGCAUAAGCCCCUCCCCCUGGCAGUUGGGGAGGAGGCGGAGUAUCUGUUGGCUCUCAAACAGGAGUUCAGAGGAGCUAUGAAGAGUUUACCCUGCUUCAUCCAGCCAGCAGCUGCACGCAGAGAUGUAGAAAGAUACUCAGACAAAUAUCACAGCAGUGAACUGACGGACAGCCUGGUGGAAUGGACUCCAGACUGGAGGAGGGUUCCCAGAGAACUCAGAGUUCACGUCAGAAAAGCUCACAGAGACGGUGUCUCAGUCAGUGUCUCAGACAGAGUUCAGAGUGGACAGAAGAAGAAACUGAUGAAGGAGAAGGAGGUUCUGCUCAAACUGGAGACUCUGGAGAAGAAGGAGGAGCAGGCGAGUUCAGAGGACGAGGGGGAGGAGAAGAAGAAGAAGAAAGAGGAGGAAGAGGAGGAGCCUGAAGAAGAGGAGUAUGAUGAAGAAGAGUUUGAGGAGGAAACGGAUUACAUCAUGUCCUACUUUGACAACGGAGAAGAGUUUGGAGGAGACAGUGAGGACAACAUGGACGAGGCUGUUUACUGAGCAGAGACAGUGAGGACAACAUGGACGAGGCUGUUUACUGAGCAGAGAGAGAGACAGUGAGGACAACGUGGACGAGGCUGUUCACUGAGCAUAGACAGAGACAUUUGAGUCAAAGUUUCACCAGCGUUUCAUGUUUUAAAAAAAUGUUUAUUAAUGUUUUUAAAACAUUUUAUUGUUGUUUGUUUGUAUUGACCACUUUGUGAGUUCAGAACUGAUCCACUGUCCACUGACGUGUCUUCUGUGACACAGAUGUGUCCAGCAGGGGGCGUCUUCAUCUCUGAACCUAGAACAGCUCAUUAAAGUGAUCAAUAGAAAAGAGUCAA